UGUACCUUUUGAAAGGGUGCUGCCCCAGUGACAGCUUUUGUACCUUUUUUUUUUUAUUUUUUAGAGUUUUUAGAGUUUAGAUUUAAGAUCUGAAUUUUAGUAUUUCAUAAAUAAUGUUGUGUAUUACUAUAUUAAGUGUUGUUUAUUUCACAGUUUAUGGUUUCUUAAGCAUUUUAAAUAUAAAAACAUUUUUCCAUGCUUUAUACUUUUGUAUGUGAUUUGCAUUAAAUAGAUAAAAUAUGAUUUAAUGUGCAUGAUUCAUAAAGUCUCAUAGCGUUUGUUAUACUGACUUUCAUAUGUUCUACAUUCAGGAGAAGCCAUGGGGUGUGGUGUCACAAAAAACAGUGAAUUCAAUAAAAGAUAUGGCAAAGAUGGAAAUGUCAUCUCAGCAGCCAGAACAAUGAAAGCAGCGGUGCUGAUCCAGCGCUGGUACCGACAGUAUGCGGCUCGCAUGGAAAUGAGACGCAGAUACACCUGGAACAUCUUCCAGUCCAUGGAGUAUGCAGACCUACAAGACCAGAUCAAACUCUACAAUUUUCUUGGUUACCUGAUGGAUAACUUCACUCCAUCCAGCAGUGAACGAAAUCUGAUCUCACAUAUCUUCAGAGAAAACGAGGUUUGUCGAGAUGCAGAGUGGGAGAGAUACUUCAGCUACAUCAACAUUGAUGUGCCAGACAUCUACUCUGGCCCACGGCUAACCUUUCCUUUAGAUAUGGAUCAGGCUGCUGAUCUUGUAGAGGCCUUCAAAAACAAACAACAGCUUCACUCUCGUUACGUCCUUCAGCUUCUUCUGGAAACGUGGAAGUUGCUCAGAGGGUUGCCAAAUAUCAACCGAGUCUCUACAUGCCAUAGCAAAGAAAUAACUAUUUGUGGUGAUUUACAUGGACAAUUAGAGGACUUGCUACUAAUAUUUUACAAGAAUGGAAUGCCGUCAAUGGAGAAACCCUACGUUUUCAAUGGAGACUUUGUGGACCGAGGCAAAGACUCCAUAGAGAUUCUGCUCAUAUUGUUUGCUUUCCUGCUUGUGUAUCCCGGAGAUGUUUAUCUUAAUCGAGGAAACCAUGAAGACCACAUCAUUAAUUUGAGGUAUGGCUUCACCAAAGAAGUGCUGGGAAAAUACAAGCUGCAUGGGAAGCGUAUCCUCAAGUUGCUCCAGAAGAUCUUCAGCUGGUUGCCCUUAGUGACAGUAAUCGACCACCGGGUGCUGAUAGUCCAUGGAGGAAUCUCAGAUACCACUGAUCUCGCUCUAAUAGCUCGAGUGGACAGACACAGAUAUGUUUCUGCUCUGAAGCCUCCGAGAAAGAAGACUCCAUCCCGCAGUAGUUUAUAUGCAGAUUCAGAACGUUUUGAUGAGAUGAUCAUCUGUAAGAACAGAAGGGGCUCGAUGACCUUUCCCAGACCGCUUGGUGCUCGGGACAGUUUCCAGAGACGCUCCCUUCAAGAUUUCUCAAGGACUGUGGCUCGGACAGUUGAGGAGGAGUUCGAGGUCCGCCGUAGACAAGCGGAGUUUAGCAUGUCCAGCUUCAGCCAGUCUCACCGCAUUCUGGGCUCUGGCCCGUCCGCUGAGUCUGAACCAGACUCAUCAGAGAUCAUCGACACUGGCAAUGAUGAUUGGAAACAGAUUUUAGACCUGCUGUGGAGUGACCCCAUGUCUCAGGACGGUUGCGUUCCAAAUGAGGUCCGUGGCGGAGGUUGUUACUGGGGUCCUGAUAUCACCGAGAACUUUCUGAACAGACACAAUCUCCAGCUCAUCAUCCGCUCACACGAGUGCAAGCAGGAUGGAUACGAGUUUUGCCACAAUCGUAAGGUCCUGACCCUUUUUUCAGCCUCUAACUACUAUGAGAUUGGUAGUAACAGAGGAGCCUUUGUCAGACUGGGUCCAGAUCUUGUGCCUUACUUUGUUCAGUAUCAGGCCACCAGCAUGACCCGAGGACUGAGCUUUCCGCAAAGUGUAAAACGCACAGAGCACACUGCUCUCAAAGUCCUACGAGAGCAACUGUUUGUGCACAAGUCAGAUCUUCUCAGUGCCUUUCAAGAGCUUGAUAAGGAGAACACAGGACUGAUCUGUUUGUCCGACUGGGCCAGUGCAAUCGAGCGAGUUCUUCACCUGGAUCUGCCCUGGAAAGUUCUCCAACCACAGCUAGUGUCCAGCACCACUGAUGGGAUGCUGGACUACCACGGCUGGUUCCGGGAUCUCGCCCUAAAAAGGCCCAGCUCCGAGUACAUUGAGCAGAGUAUGCUGGAGACACUGUAUAAACAUCGCUCCACCCUGGAGACCAUUUUCAGAAUAGUGGACACAGAUAAUUCAGGUCUCAUCUCUUUUGAGGAUUUCCGUCAGACGUUGAAACUUCUCAGUGCCUAUCUGAAAAUGGAGAUCUCUGAUGAGGUCAUCAAUGAGCUGGUUAUCAGCACAGACACAAAUAAUGAUGGUAGCAUUGACAUUGAUGAGUUCAUGGAGGCUUUUCAGCUGGUGGACAAAAUCAGACUCAAGAGAGGUAAAAGUCUAUUAAAGUUCAAGCAGGAAUAUCAGAGCCUUCCUCAGGAGGAAGAAACCUCACCAGCUGCCGACUCUACAGGCCCACAGAUUUCUCAGUGUUCAGCUUUACACACUGAAGAUUCUCCUGGUUCACACACUGAAGAUUGUUCAUCUUCACAGACUCAAGAUCUCUGUGACAUUUCUGUUUUUGUUCGACCGCAAUAACUGUUGACUGUUGUAAAAAUGGACUGUUGUAAACUGUAGUCUUCCUCUUGGUAUGUGCUUUUUUAGACUUUGAAUCUUCCUCUCUAAACCAAAUAUAUGUCUGUGUUAGCGUCAGGUUUAGGUUUAGAAUGCACCUGGAAGUUCUGUGAUCAAACAUGAAUGUUCUCCAUGGUACUACAUUGUAUUACAUGCUGCUGAUCUCUCAAGGAUUCCUUGUUCUUAUCUCCCUGAAAACUGGAUCUGUCAAGAUCAUGAGGCUUUUCGAAUUUGCCUUCAUUGCCUCUGACAAAUUUCUUUGCAUAUUCUGUAUCAAAAUGAGCCAUCAGUAUCUUGAAUAAUACACCAUGACAUAAUGUAUCGUAACAUAGACUACAUGUUGUUCAUAAUGUAUUUGAUGUCUUCGUAAAUGUGCUAAGCAUACAAGUAAAAGGGUUGGUAGAGUUUUAAAACUUUUUGCAACUUUUGUGUUUCAAGAGCUAUUUUUAAUAAGAAGCAUGUUGACAUUAAGCUCUGUGCUAUUGCUGUGAGCAAAUAAAAGACAUUGUCCUAGAAAACAUACCAGCCAAAAAGAUGACUGAUGUUUUCCUAUCUACCUACACACUAGCUGAGGGAGAUGGUUUAGAAGGUUAUGCGUGCCUACUUGGAAGUAGUAGUGCUGCAGGGAAGACAUUUUUUUAUAGGCCAAAACACAGAAAAAGAGUUAGCAUUUUAUAACUUCCGAUUCCAUCGCCCCGAAAUCAAUGGGAUUUUUGAAGAAUA